AUGUACAAUUUCAUUCUUAUUGCUUUGAUCUCGAGUACACGUGCGGCUCCUGUAUCCGGUCCCAAUUUCAACGACAUUCAUUACGCUCAUAACUUUACACUUACAUAUGUGAACGAUACUUUAGAAGGACUCGGAAUCAUUGAUACAUGUACAACCAAUUUCAAACUGUCGGUCGAUUAACUCAAUUGUUUUAGAUGCUGAUGUGGAUCAACAAAUGGCAAGCAACCUGAAAGAUGCUAUAAACCAUGCUCUUCCGGAAUAUCUAGGCUCGCAGUCAUCCGUUUCCACUCCAGUACAAUCUACUACGGUUGCAAGCUCUGCAGCUUCGGGAAGCUCAACUUCUGUGGUAAGUGUCUCGUCAUAAAUAGAUUUCCGGGUUCUCAUAUACCGUAAAUACUGUAUUAGAAGAGGUAAGGGUCUCGUCAUUUAAAAGUGUCGUGCACUAUGUUCCGAAUGUCCCAAAUUCUGAGAAAACGAAUUUUUCUGAAUUAUACGAAAAAAGCUCAGGAGACCACAAGAAGUACACGCAGUUAUCGAUUCUCCGCACAGCACUCGAAUAAUUCUGUCGGUGACCGGGGGACUAGCUAGAAAGCUCCACCCGGUAUGUCGUGUACUCCUCGUGGUCUCCUUGGUUUUUUUGUUAAAAAUUUAGCAAGAAUUCGAGUAUUUUCUAAAAAGAAUUUGGGAUUUUGGGAUCGUGAAAAGAACUUCACUUUAAAAAUAUGUUACUUUUUUGGUGCACGACACCUUUAAGACUAAUAGUCAUUCCACAUCUAAACGUUAUUCAGCCGAGCAGAAUCAAGAGAGAAGCAUCAACUGCAAACUCAAGAAUGAAUGAAUCGUCUUCAUCUAUGCCUAGCUCUGAAACAACAACACAGCCGUACGGAACAGAUGAAGAAUUCUACGGGAGAACCGACUUGAUUCACUUUCAUGUGGAUAUUUUGGAUCAAGAAGGAAGUGGUACAGGAGAAAACAAUAGCUAA